AUGAUAGAAUGGUGCAAGGAUAUUGGAUAUAGGCCAGUCGACUUCAAUACUUUCAAUGCAAUUCAUAUUGCGGGAUCAAAAGGGAAAGGAUCGACAGCAGCAUUUGUUUUCUCUAUCUUAUCCGAGUACUUGGGCGACGACUUUCAUGCUCAUGACAAAGCGCUUGCUCCUAUAAAAAGAGUUGGGCUCUAUACAUCACCACAUCUGUGUACUGUGAGGGAACGAAUUCGAAUUCGAGAAUCGCAGACGACAGAUUUCUCACAGACUGCUCUUGAUGAGGCCAAAUUUGCGCGAUAUUUAAUGGAUAUAUGGGAUCGGCUAGGACUAGAUAACCGACCACCUUCUCAAAGUCCUCCGUUUGCAAAAUUUCUCACCUUGCUGGGCUUCCAUGUUUUUCUGGAAGAGGAAGUUGACACUGCCAUUGUGGAAGUUUGCAUUGGUGGACGCUACGACUCGACCAAUAUCCUCUGCCAGCCCAGUGUCUGUGCCAUCACCAAUCUGGAGCUUGAGCACACUGAUAUUCUAGGUAACAAGAUUGAGGGAAUUGCAUGGGCUAAAGGUGGGAUUAUGAAAGCAGGUGUUCCUGUAUUCACGCCACCUCAAGCACCCGAAGCCAUGACUGUCCUUGAAGACCUGGCACGAAUAGAAGGGGCUGAUCUACACGUAAUCGGAAUACACCCAGAUCUUACUGAGAUUGAACUCGGUCUUGCAGGAGACUUUCAGCGAAUCAAUGCUAGUCUGGCUAUAGCGAUCGCCUCGACACAUCUAUCUCGCAUGGGCUACAAGGGAAUACCCGAAAUGAAGAUAGGAACGCAGUUUCCAUUACCGGAAAGGUUUCGCCGCGGCCUUGAAAAUGCACGAUGGCCUGGACGGUGUGACAUACGUGAUUGUCUCGGCAUUCGCUGGUUGCUUGAUGGAGCCCAUACCAUGGACAGCAUGGAAGCUCUGGGACCUUGGGUUGCAAAGCAACUGGCCAUUGUGCCACAUGCGAGGCGCAUUCUAAUAUUCAACCAACAGACCAAAGAUACUGUUACGCUUCUCCGACAUCUUUGGCAGGUGUUGUUGUCGGCGAUGGAUAAAAACCUCAGCCAUGAGAAGAUGGUCUUUCACCAAGCCAUAUUUUCCACAAAUACCCCUUGGAAGCACAAUACGUCUACUAAUAAUGAGAGAGUCUCCAUGACAUAUUCAGGAAUGCCGGUGGAUGAUCUGAAAAUACAAAUUGAAUUAGCUCGCUGCUGGAUCGGAAUGGGCGGAGGAAGUCCUGCAGUCACAGUGGUUAGAUCGUUCGAGGAAGCAAUGCAAAGUGCAGCAAGCGGCUAUGGUAACAGUACUUGCAAAGAUGAAGGCCAUAUAAGAGCAGUAGUGCUGAUCACUGGAAGCCUUCAUCUCGUGGGCAGCGCCAUUGAAGUUUUGGAUGCAAUUUCAGGAUGA